AUGUGCUCGUCGAUCCAACUGUGUUGCCCAAUGUGUGGCUCAACGGAACUCGAGACUCCCGAGGAGCUGUGCGAGCACGUGGCACGAGCUCACGACCACGAUCUUGCUGUCAGAUCCGGCCGCUUCGAUUCUUACGUUCAUUUCCAGGUUUUUUUCCCCGAAUUCUAUCAAGAUAAUUAUGUUUAAUUUACAGAUUUGGCUCUCAUCUAUUGAAGAAACCAGGAGUGAUGGCGGUUACAUUGGAAGCGACGAAGGGCCAUCUUACGAAGGGGUCAGGAAUUCAUUAACUUCUCUUUUCGAAGUUGUCAAUAUUUCGAUAAGCAGCGCCAUAAGCAGCACUAAAAGCAGCACUGUAAGAAGCUCCUUAAGCAGCGUCCCUAAACUGCUCCUUAACCAGAGCCCUAAGCAGCGCCGCAAGCACCACUAAAAGCAGCGCCCUAAGAAGCGCCUUAGGCAGCGCCCUAAGUAGAGCCAUAAACAGCGCCCUUAGCAGCUCCUUAAGCAGCACCGUUAGCAGCACCGUAAGCAGCGCCCCGUAAGCAGCGCCCUUAGCAGCUCCCUUAGCAGCGCCUUGAGCAGCGCCCUAAGCAGCGCCCUUAGCAGCACCAUGAGCAGCACCGUAAGCAGCGCCCUGAGCAGCGCCUUAAGCAGCGCCAUAAGUAGCGCCCUAAGCAGCGCCCUUAGCAGCUCCUUGAGCAGCACCGUAAGCAGCGCCCUAAGCAGCGCCCUUAGCAUCUCCUUAGCAGCGCCUUGAGCAGCGCCCUAAGCAGCGCCCUAGGCAGCGCCAUAAGCAGCGCCUUAAGCAGCUCCCUAAGCAGCGCCCUUAGCAGCGCCCUUAGCAGCGCCUUGAGCAAAUUAAGAGAAGCUUCAAUAAAUCAAUCCUCCUUGAUCAGCCUUUUGAUCAGGGUUCAUCUCAAAUUGCAGUUUUCUGAAUUUUUCAUUUGUAUCCUCAGUAACGGUUGAGAAUUCUAGGAAUACUACCUACUGUGCCGAAGGAAGCCGUCGAUCGGAGCGAAACGUAGAAGAUUAAGUGAAGAAUUCGUUGAAAGCAAUACAGUAACCUGUUCGGCCUUUGUCCACGUUGUUGAGACUUUGGAUGGGUUGGUUUUUAAUUAUAGAAAGAUCUACAAACCUUUCUUUUUCCUUUUUGUACUAGAAUUCUUAAUUUUUUUAUGAAUAUGUUUUUAUUUUGGAAGCUUCUUUCUAGUGAUACAUUUUUUUCGAAAUUCAGAUGUGUUUCCGUGCAAUAUUGCCUGGAACAUUGUGGACACUGUGAAGAUGAUCGAAGCGAAGAAAUCCAGUCGACCAGGUCUAGGAAACGGUAAGUUUUGAAAAGAAAAUUCUCAUUUUUAUCACUUUUUUCCAGAGUUAACUUGAAAAGAAGCUCGCCGUGUAUAUCGGAUGAUCAUUGCGACGAUGAUUGCCAUUGUGAAGUAUGGAUUUUUUUUUCAAUUUAUUUUGAGAAGCUUUUUUAAUUUUUCAUUGAACUUUUUGCAGACUUCAUCAAAGUCCGGCUCAUUGUCACCGAGUCCGUCUAUUUACUCUCCGAUUCGGGAAGAUGACGUCAAUCAUAACGUUAUUGAGGUUUUGCAGUAUUUCGUUUAUUUUUAGUUUUCUAAUUUGCCAUCUCCAGGACGGGACCUACGAUCUCUCGUCUUUGAACACGUUCAUCACGGAACGACUUGACACGACUGCCGACAGAUUGAGGGCUUUGACCAAGGUAAAUCGAAAAAGCGAAGAACAUUGAGACUUCCUCAAGGCUCAUCAUGAAAGUUUAAAACAUUGAGAAAGAAAAAAGUUUUGGUUGCUCUCAAGAUAUGUUUCAAGUUUACUGAGAAAGAACACCAAAUUUAGAUUAUUUUUUGCUUAAAUUUUUGACUCAAAUUGUGUCAGAUUUUUAGUACAAAAUUAAAAAUAUAUAUAUAAAAUUACCUAUUUCUUCUGAUGGUUUUUGGUAAGGAUUUUUUUUUAACUUCUAUGGAUCUCUUUAGAAUAAGGACAAUUAUACUGGAAUUCCAGAGUGGUCCCUAUAGAAAUUAAAAGGGAAAAAAGUGCCCAAAAAAGUGUUUCCUAUAGGGUUAAAGUCAACGUGGUCAACGUAAUACUAAAACCCCUAUAGUGAUCACUUUAGCAAGCUUUAGUGGUCCCUAUAGGGUUUGGUAAAGUGGUCCCUAAGGUUGCCCCUAUAGGGACCAAUUUGGAGUUCUCAAGUUGAGCAACUUAUCUUCGAAUCCAUGAAAAUGGUCAAUUCGUAACUUAUUGCCAUUUAUAAAUGCAAAAAGAAAUAAAGUAAGCCUUUUUUGAUGAUCGUUUUCCAUUCGAAGCUUCCUAAUUUUCAUACUUUUCCAGGUGCUGGCAGAACUGGCGGUCGACAUCAAGAAGUGCGACGAUCGCCAAUGCACACUUGUCAUCUGA